AGUGGCAUCGCCGAACAUGCUUGUUUCUCGGUCUUCUCUCUCUCUCUCUCUCUCUCUCUCUCUGUUUCAUAUUCGCCCAUCGUAUUCUCGCUUGUUUUAUUUAUAUUUUAACUUGCCAUUAUUGACACAAGUGCUUCACAUCAAGGUUGAAUUCACAGACUGAACAAAAAGAAGAAGAAGAAGACCAAGUGAGAGAGGAUGGAUCAGAAGCCGAAGACGAAGAUCGUGUGCACCCUGGGACCUGCAUCCAGGUCGGUGCCGAUGGUCGAGAAGCUUCUCCGUGCCGGAAUGAACGUGGCCCGCUUCAACUUCUCCCAUGGCUCCCACGAGUACCAUCAGGAGACCCUCAACAACCUCAGGGCCGCCAUGGAUUCCACCGGAAUUCUCUGCGCCGUCAUGCUCGAUACCAAGGGUCCCGAGAUUCGAACUGGAUUUUUGAAGGAUGGCAAACCCAUCCAGCUCAAACAGGGUCAAGAAAUCACCAUAUCCACUGACUACAGCCUCAAGGGUGAUGAAAAUGUGAUUUGCAUGAGCUACAAGAAGUUGGCUGAGGAUGUCAAGCCAGGGAGCAUGAUACUGUGUGCUGAUGGUACCAUCUCAUUUUUGGCUUUAUCUUGUGACAAAGUAAAGGGCCUCGUCAGAUGCCGAUGUGAGAACUCUGCCAUGCUCGGUGAGAGAAAGAAUGUUAAUCUUCCAGGGGUCGUUGUGGAUCUCCCUACCUUAACAGAAAAGGACAAAGAAGAUAUUCUCAAGUGGGGGAUUCCAAACAAGAUUGACAUGAUUGCUCUGUCUUUUGUUCGGAAAGGUUCAGAUCUAGUGGAGGUUCGCAAGCUCCUUGGAAAGCAUGCUAAGAACAUCCUACUCAUGUCAAAGGUGGAGAAUCAGGAAGGAGUCGCAAACUUUGAUGAUAUCCUUGCAAAUUCAGAUGCAUUCAUGGUGGCACGAGGUGAUCUUGGAAUGGAAAUUCCAAUUGAAAAGAUCUUUCUGGCUCAGAAAGUGAUGAUCUAUAAGUGCAACAUCCAAGGAAAACCUGUUGUAACGGCAACACAGAUGUUGGAAUCAAUGAUCAAGUCUCCCCGUCCAACUAGGGCUGAAGCUACUGAUGUUGCAAAUGCAGUUCUAGAUGGCACAGACUGUGUGAUGUUAAGUGGUGAGACUGCUGCUGGAGCUUAUCCUGAACUUGCAGUCCGCACCAUGGCAAAAAUAUGCGUAGAAGCAGAAAGCACCCUUCACUAUGGAGAUGUCUUCAAAAGGAUUAUGGAGCACUCCCCGGUGCCCAUGAGCCCAUUAGAGAGCCUGGCUUCUUCUGCUGUUAAAACAGCCAACUCAUCCAAAGCAGCUCUAAUUUUGGUCUUAACCAGAGGAGGAAGUACUGCAAAACUAGUGGCCAAGUACAGGCCAGGCAUGCCUAUACUGUCUGUUGUUGUCCCUGAGAUUAAGACUGACUCUUUUGACUGGUCAUGCAGUGAUGAAGCUCCAGCAAGGCAUAGUCUAAUUUUCCGUGGCUUGGUUCCAGUCUUAAGUGCAGGAUCAUCUAGGGCCUCUCAUGCAGAAACAACUGAAGAAGCUCUGGAGUUUGCCAUUCAACAUGCUAAGGCAAAGGGACUGUGCAAGAAUGGAGAUGCUGUUGUGGCUCUGCAUCGUGAUGGAAAUGCAUCUGUGAUCAAGAUCUUGACUGUGAAGUGAGUUUGAUUCAGAUCAUCAUGAUAAUUUUUUGUUCUCCUUUUGGGCCUUCUCAGAAGGAACUGAUGACAAUGCCUAUAACUUUUGCCUGGUUUUUAAUGUGUGUUUUUGGAUGCAAAAACAUCAAACUGUCACCCAUCUCUUGUGAUGAGACGGGGGCUUUGAUAUCUACUUUAUAAUUGCUCAGUGCGACAUGGAACUUAAUUCAAUACUAUUAGGAUCAUUUGCUAUA